AAUUAAUCUGACUGUGUGAUGUGAAUACUUUGUGUUUUUUGGAAUUGUGUUUAUUGUAAAAGCAAUAACACGAGAUUAUAACAAGUUAUAAGCUGUUCAUUUAUCUAUUUUAGAAUUGGCGAGGGCUUGUGUAGAGUCAGGAAAAUUGACUUUUGAAGCUUCGAAAAUCUCCUACGAUGACUACUAUAGCUACGAUGCAAGAACAGUUAUUUGAACAGCUCACUACUGCGAGGAAACCGUCCGACCUCCAUCAGCUAUUGUACAUUUUCAUAUCGAGCAAUCAUGAUGUGUUCAGUUUUCCGAUUUUGAAUAAGGAUAAUAAAAGAGUUAUUGUAUGGACAGCUUUAUUUCAACAUCUUCAGAGAAAGAAAUGUAGUUACAUAUAUACGCACAUCGUUACUACCCUCAGGAUUUUAAGCCGAGACAAAACAGAUAUUGAGGAUAUGAUUUGUGAACGAUGGGUGGUAUUGCUGAUAGAGAGAUCUGGUCUGUUGAAUUUUGAAACUGUUGCUGAAGACUCUUUGGUACCAUUGAAUGCCCAAACAUUGGAUACAGCUGAGGAGGCUCUUAAGUGUCUGUGUAACAUAACAUUUCACAGUGAGAAGGCCCGCGCAUACUGUGCUAACACCUUAAUUGUUGAAGGCCUGAUUGCCAGAAUGCAGCACUACAACAACAUGCCCUUAAGAGAAGGCUGUAUGCUGUAUGACAUGAAACUGCUGUUCAUUUUGACGGCAUUGAGACAGGAUAUAAAAACUAAAGUAAAAGAAUUAGAUGGUAUGGAGCAUUUGACUGAUUUGUUAUAUAAAAUGCUAACAGAUACUGUGCUACGUCCCAGAGUUAAUGUUGACACCAGAAAAUACGAAUCUAUUAAUGACCAAUACCAAGCCAUAUCUUGUGAGGUCCUCAAGGUCCAGUUCAACUUGAUCCAGCAGACCAGUUCAGAAGGACCUAGUGAUGAGAAGGAAGAGGCCAUGUUUCUCAAACUGAUGCCGGUAUUGACUGGAAUGCUUCAAGCUAGCGCAAGCAGUCAUGAGAAACUCUUGGAGUUGCAUAGUAAUGUUGCUAAUUUGUUGACCAGUGUACCUUUGGUGUUUUAUCAAUACUUGACACCAGAAUUAAAGCAAGAUUACUGUUGUAAUCAGUCAUUUGAUGGAAAGAAUAUGGAUGCUUUGCAGGCACUUUUAGCACUGCUGCGACACAGGCUGCAAAUAAGCAUGGAUAACCACAACCAGUACGAGAACCUGUCUCCGAUCCUGACGGUGUUGAUAAAGAGCGCGAGCGCGUGCCGCUCGCAGCGCCGCUACAUGCGGCGCGUGGUGCUGCCGCCGCUGCGGGACGUGUCGCGCCGGCCCGAGCGCGGCAACACGCUGCGCAACCUGCUGUGCCGCCUGCUCACCACGCCCGUCACCACCGUCAGGGACCUCGUCGCUGAGUAUCUGUUCAUCUUGUGCAAGGAGAAGGUGGGCCGUAUGGUGAAGUACACUGGUUUCGGUAACGCUGCGGGCCACCUGGCCCAGAAGGGGCUGCUCGCCGGCGGGCGCGGCGGCCAGUACUCGUCCAGCAGCGACGACUCCGACACGGAGGAGUACCGCCUCGCCGAGCCCAACAUCGACCCCGUCGUGGGCUGCACGCGCCCGCCGCGCGUCAACCCCUUCGAUGGCAUGUCUGAGGAACAGAAAGAGUAUGAAGCCAUGAGGUUGGUGGAUAUGUUCGAUAGGAUGAUGCGUCGUGGCGUGGUGAAGCCGGCGCGUAUCGCAGACGACGGCCGCCUGGAGGCGCUCCAACACGUGGUACAGAUGCUCCCUGGGGCCGUACCUGGAAAGGAAAAACCUAAAUCGAGGUCUUACUAUGAUGAUUCUGACUAAAGGAAUUACUGAACACCGUAUUUAUUUGACUUUAAUAUUUUCGUAAACGAUCUCAAAACUUAAUGAGCAGGUGUUAUUGAGGAAAACAUCGAGCGAUUUGAAUUAUCGAUUACGUAAGGAGUUAUGAGUAACGGAUAUAACUUGACAAGUUUGAAGACCUAACAUAUCACCGUCCCUGUCUCAAGCUAUCGUCUCGCUCCAACUAAGGACUGACUUCGAAGGUUCAAAGUUUAAUUACGAGUUUAUAAAAAAUACUUGUCUACUUUUACUCCUGAAAGAUAUCUCUUUUGGCCAAAGUGUAGUCAGACAUUAAGAAUUUUAACGUUUUACCUGUUUAGGUAUGUAGUAAAAUAUUGUACUUUAGUACUUUGAUGUUCAAUUUAUAUAACUGAAUGUGUAGUUUUAAUCUUUAGAUUAAUUAAAAUAUACUAGUAUUAUAUGUAUGUAUUACCAUUGUAUGUCUGCGGUACGUAGUACAACGAGAACUUGGUGUGUGAUCAAAAGGUAACAAAUUGAAUGAGGGUAAAAUGUAGGGAAUGAAAAUGGUAUUGUAAUUAAGAAAUAUAUAUAUUUUAUGAUUGUUUAUUAUUUUGCGAUAUUUAUAUUUCGCUAUGUGAUAUAACUUUAUGUAUGUGAUGAGAUCACUAAGCUGCCAGACCUUACUUAUUUUGUGUCAGACUUAAUGAGAGUGGUAUCAGUGCCUACUACAGCAGUUUGGUCUAGUAGCUUAGAGGGCCUAUACAAUAUUUAUUUAGGUACAUAUAAAAGUAAACAAUUAUUCGUGAAGCGGCAGGAGUUGGAACUACGUUUGAUUGACAUCUAACGACUCGAAUACUAGAUCGCUAUUCGAUCGAUAUACUGAAUCGAGAACUGAAUCAAUUAAAAAAAAGAACCAAGCCGGUUUUGGGAGUCUUUAGCAGCACUGUUAAGUGUCGUCAGCUUUGGAAUUUGGAGACAAGUAAUGUGUAUACAGGCCCAAAGAUCUCAUAAUAAAUGAGUAAAUUAUGUUAAACAUAUACUAUAUAAUUAUCAAUAGUUACGUAAAAUUAUCAUCUCUUAGCUGAAAACAAUGAUUUAGUAUCUUUUCAAUUAGUAUAAAGUACCUAUUAGAAUCAAAUCAUCUGUAGUAUGGAGUGUACGUAGCUAGUUAGAUAAAUUACAUUUUCGCAGAGUCAGAAAUCAUAAUAAUUUCGUGCCAUUAGAGUAGGUACUCUAUGUACUAUUUCUAUUUAUUUAUUACCAAAGGUUUCGUUUAUGUUUUCCUUAGUGCAAUAUAAUAAUAAAAUAGAAUAAUUCAUGAUACACUCACGAUCGCUUCAAUAGAAUAAUAAAAUUAGUAGGUUGUCAAUUCAACGAUAUCAGAGUUUCAAAUAAACUAAUAGUAUAGUUUUGCCUAUUAAAGUAGCUCCUGAAAUGUGUCCGUGUAUUUGUGUCUAAAGGGUAUUCACUUAUAAUGUGUGUUUUAAAAAUAUCUCUUAUAUGAAUGUCGUAAUUAAUUUGUACAAGAACACUCACCGGAGGGAAUUUGAGAACUUACUUGACUAAACUUUAAAUUAGAUCAUAUUUCAAGCGACGGAAUCUAAACCGUUGAAACUUAUUUCACUAUUUAUUUUCCUAUUAAUUAAAUUAUUUACAUUAUGAAAUAGAUCACGUCUUAUCUAUUGAGGUAUUUACAAUUUGCGUACGGCCAGUUUGCGUAUGGCUAGUGUUAGGCCCUAAUUAUGCAUAUUUAAUUUAGUUCAAAAAAACUUCCUCAAAAACUGUCGUGUACAAUGUCUUGUUAUUUAUUUACGUUAUAUCAACUUUUUUACCUUAAUUAUAUCAACUUGUUUGUGUUUAUAUUAAAAAGAUCUCCGGUUUAUUUAUGACACAAUAAAAUUAUAAUUGUUCUAAAUCAAUAUCUGUAUCAAAAAGUAAUCAAUAAAGUUAUUUAAAGGAAA